AUGGGAAGUCAUACUUACGACCGCAUUGCUGCACACCUUAAAACCGUACACAGCGAUUAUGGUAUCAACAGCAAAGUGGUCAAAACUACCACCGACAAUGGCUCCAAUUUUAUAAAAGCAUUUGCUGUCUUUGCCCCAUCAGAAGAUGAACUUGAUGUCUCUGUUACUGACAUGAAUGACAUUUUCUCUGAUGAAGAUGAAAGUUUGGAACUUCCUUCUCAUCAAAAGUGUGCAGCUCAUUCACUUAACCUUGUUUCAACAACUGAUGCUGCUGCAGAAAAAGAUUAUCAGUACAAAAAGCUCAGUCGUGCUAGUUUUGCCAAAUGUCAAGCACUUUGGAAUAAGACUGGAAGAGCAGUACAGGCGAAAGAGAUUAUUGAUGAAGAAAGCCCCUUGCAAAUCAAACGACCUUGCUCAACACGAUGGAAUUCAGUUUUUGAUGCUGUUCAGCGAUUGAAUAAAAUUAACAAGGUGGCUGUAGCAGGACCUCAAACUUUAAACAACAUAUGUCAAAGACUUGACUUGCCUAGGUAAGUACCGUACUAUAAAUUAAUUAAUUAAUAUAAUAUAAUUAUAUUUUAAUAUUUAUAGUCACUAGUCAGUAAUUUAAAAUCUAGUUACAGUAUUUUAUCUCUGCACUCUGUCACUCACCACAUUUUAUUCUAUUCCCUCACCACAUUAACUAGGUUCAAAGAUACUGAACUAGAGUUCCUCAACUUGUAUGAAGCUGUUAUGAAACCUGUUGCAACUGCACUCGAUGUAUUACAAGGUGAGAAAGAUACCUAUAUGAGAACCUUGCUUCCCACAAUAGUUUUCUUAUUAGAAUGUCUGAUGAAAGAAAGAAGAAAACAACAGGAAAACAAUAAGAUGUUCAUGCUGCCAUUAGUUGACGCCAUAGUUUCGGGUAUACAUGCAAGAUUUGAUGAUGUGAUGGAUGAUGACCAGGUGAUUGCUGCUUCUAUUCUCAUUCCCAAGUUUAAUUUUGGACCACUGGACUGACGACAAUUUCCAGUUAAAGAAAGGUUUGGGAAUACUUCCUAUAUUAGUUUGGUUAAUGGUUAUAGGGUUGUCUAUAGAUUGCAUGAGUGGUUAGUUCAGAAUUAUUAUAAUUUAAAUAAGAUUAAUUAUCAUUAAUAAUCAAAUAAUUAAUAUAUAUAGUUGCUAAUGAAAUAUAUUUUACAUUGAUUUGUUCCAAGGGCUGGAGUACAUUCGGAACCGUUUAGUUGCUGACAAUGUGAUAGAGAGCGAGGAAACGGAAGCAAAGGAAGAUGAAGUAUCUGCAAACAAAUUUUUUAAGACAAAGAAGAAAAGUUCAAAAGAUGUGCUUGAGCUAUACUUGUCAUCUGACAACGAUGAUUUUGAUAUUUUCAAAGAACGAUGUGCUUCCCUAAGAAAAUUGGCUUUGGAACUGAAUACUCCACUUCCAGCCAAUGCAGCAUGCGAGCGUUUUUUUAGCACUGGUG